CUAGCGUGUGAGCUUACAGGUAUAAUCAUGGCAGAGAGGGGACAGUGAAAACAAACCUUUUCCCACCUAAAGUGAUCUAAAAAUGAGCAGUUUCAACCCCGGGCCGCGGGUGGUGACCAUCUACAAGACUGACACGGGGUUUGGGUUCAACGUGCGAGGUCAGGUCAGCGAGGGAGGUCAGUGGAGGCCGAUAAAUGGCGAGUUAUACCCUCCUCUGCAGCACGUCUCAGCGGUGUUGGAAGGAGGCGCGGCCGAGCAGGCUGGAAUACGCAAGGGAGACAGGAUCCUCGAGGUGAAUGGGGUGAACGUGGAAGGUGCCGAACACCGAUAUGUAGUAGAGCUCAUCAAACAAGGUGGAGAUGUUCUUAAGUUGACGGUGAUCUCGGUUUCUCAGAAGGAAGCAGAGAGGUUGGAGCCAAGUGAAGAGACUUCAGGGUUUUCGUAUAUAGACUAUAGUGAGAAACGAUCGCUACCCAUAUCAAUUCCUGACUACUCGUACAUAGAAUCGGCAGGGGACAAGUAUGUUGUUUUCAAUAUCUACAUGGCAGGGCGUCACCUCUGUGCUCGCAGAUACAGAGAAUUUGCUGUCCUACACAAUAACCUCAAGAGGGAGUUCAUGGAUUUCAACUUCCCAAAGCUACCUGGGAAGUGGCCAUUUUCCCUCUCCGAGCAGCAGCUAGAUGGACGGAGGCGAGGAUUAGAGCUUUAUCUAGAAAAAGUUUGUGCUGUGAGAGUGAUAGCAGAAUCUGAUAUAAUGCAGGAUUUCCUGAAUGACUCAGAUGAUCAUCAGGGAAACAGCAUUCGUGUAGACCUCAAAGUAUUACUACCAGAUAAGACUGUGGUGACAGUAACGCAGGCCAAGAAUGUGUUAGCUCACCAGGUGUAUCAAGCUGUUGUGGAGAAGAUUAAUCUUCCUCCGGAGACAGCAAAGUGCUUUGCGCUUUUUGAGAUUGUAGAGUAUAACUUUGAGCGUAAAAUUAGUGAUGACGAAUUUCCCCACAACCUGUACAUUCAAAACUAUAGCACUGCAACAGCAACAUGUCUCUGUCUGCACCGCUGGAUCUUCAACCCACAGAGAGAGAUACGCCUUUGUGCAACUGAUGACACUGCUCACACAUGGCUGUUUUGGACGGCUGUGGAGGAUGUGAAUCGAGGCCAUAUCAAACCCACAGAUCAAUUGUAUCAGUUAAAGGCAUUGCAAGAUGUUGCUCGAAAGGAGCAGUACCUCCAGGUUGUCCGUGGAUGUGAAGGCUAUGGUGAUAUAGUGUUUCCUCAUUGCCCAUGUGACUCUAGGAAGAAGGGACAUGUUGUUGCCUAUGUGGGUUAUAAGUCAUUUAGGUUACAAGCUUGUAAAGAGGAUGGUACAUUACAGACACAAGUAAUUGACUUUGCCUGGUCAACGAUUGAGAAGUUUGAAAUAGAUGAUGAGGGCAUGGCCUUCUGUUUCCUCUAUCGGCAAACUGAAGACCUUAUCAGAUGGGUGAAAAUAUUCACUCCCUAUUACCACUUCAUGGAUGAAUGCUUUCAACGAAUCCAGGAAGAACAACAGUGGACGUAGGUAGCUGGAAGCGGCAUUUGACUUAGGAAAUUGUUGAAAUUUAAGGUGGAAUAUAUCUGAUUGUAGAUAUUGUGAAAUAAAGAGUUCUGUUUUGAAAGAACAGAAGUAAAAGAAGAAGAGAUCAUUAUAGGAUUAUACAUUGGGUUGUAUUUCUGCUGGUCAUUCCAUUGUGAAUCAUUUUUUAUUAUUAUUGUAAUUAGUUAUUGUUGUAAUUAUUAUUAUUAGUAUUGUCUUUAUUAUUAUUGCUAUUAUUAUUAUUAUUAUUAUCAUUAUUAUUAUUAUUGUUAUUAUUAUCAUUAUUUGAUUAUCAUUAUCAUUAUUGUUAUAAUUGAUACAUUAUAGGAGGUACUAAUUUGAUGAGGUAUAAAAUUGAAGGAUUUCAGUUACCCAAAUUAGAAAAGGUACGUAAGUACUCGCCCCCCUCCCCUCCCCCAUAAAAAGAAAAAUGAGGAAAAUCCAGAAGGAAAAAUUGAUAUUACUUUUAACUUGAUGUCAUGGAAAUACAUGUAUGUUAUGCAAGGAAAGAGAAGAGAUAUAUAUUUAGAGUAACUUAACAACGCAGUCCAAAGAACCAUUGUUAGAUCUGUACACUGUAGGUUGUUAGAACCUCUCUUGAGUAUGCUAACAGAAUGGAUGUAUGACAUUACCUAUCCACUAGCUGUGUAAUAGGAAGCUGUUCUGCCAGGCACUAUACAUAAAUGUUUUAGCUAUGUAUGAAGAUUAUCAAAUAACAUUGAUUUCUCAUGUUUUUAGGUGUUUUUAAGAUAUAUUAUUGAGUGAUAAUUUGUGCUCAAGUCUAAUAUUGUCUAUUUUCCAAUGAAAACUGGUCAAUAUGACAUGUACAAUAUCACAGAGACUUGUGAAGUGUAUCUGUGAACACUUAAGGAAAUGAAAAAAAGGAUAUUUCCUAGGGAGAAAGUAUGCAUGCUGUGUGUUUACCUUUGGUUCUUAAUUGAGGUAUGUAUUAAUCUUGUGUUGUUCAUUUACUGGUUUCUUGUCUACAGACAUGCUACUAUUGAUACAUAUAUGUAUAUAAUUUUUCUUCA